AGUCAGACCAGCCUGCCUGCCGUCAGCACUGUAUUUAUUAUUUUAUUUUAUUGUGUAUUAAUUUAAGCAAGAUGAUCGAAAAUGACAGCGACAUUGGAGAGGAUGAGAUGGAAGAAAUUGAUGAAGAUGAUAUUGAGGAGGUUUUAGAUAAUAUUGUAGGUGAAGGGGAGGAGAGUGAGGAAGAAGAUCAAAACGAUGAAAGAGAUGAAGGACCAGGUUCCCCUGAACGGGAUGAUGCAGACUUUGUUUUCCAGAAACAUACAGGUCCUGUAUUCUGUUGUGCAUUGGAGCCAAAAAACGGCAAUUUGGCAGUAACUGGAGGUCAAGACGAUAUGGCUUAUGUCUGGGAAAUACACAACGGGCAGAUUCUAUUUGAGUGUUCCGGUCACAAGGACAGUGUUUCGAUGGCGGCAUUCAGUUACGACGGUUCCUAUGUCGCGACUGGAGACAUGAGUGGCCUCAUUCAAGUGUGGAAAGUUGCGACUCAUGCUCUCGUCUGGAGUGAUACUGUGGGGGAUCUGUCAUGGAUGCAGUGGCACCAUGGGACCAGUGCUUUGGUAGCUGCUGUCACCACAGGGGAGGUCUACAUGUGGAGGAUACCAGGAGGAGAGUGCAAAGUGAUACCAGGACACGCAGCCAACUCGGACUGUGGCGUCAUCAUGCCUGAUGGACGCAGAGUAUCGGUGGGCUACUCGGACGGCGCAGUGAAGGUGUUUGAACUCAAGACUGGCGCAGUCCAGGGCUCGUCCGCGGUGGGAGAGGCCCACUCCCUGUCUGUACUCUGUAUUGAAGCGUUCAGUGACAACAACAUCAUUGCCACGGGCGGCGCUGAUGGGAAAAUAAACCUCUUUAAAACUCAGCCUUCUCUCAAGUCAGUUUGGAGUCUAAGUUGUGGCGAGCAAGAUGACUCCAACACUUGUAUUGAGACUAUCAAGUUCAGCAGAGAUCCUACUUUACCCCUGCUGGCCGCUGGAACUCUCAUUGGCAUCCUGUACAUAUUGGACUUUACCAAACAGACUGUCCGUCACAAGAUACAGCAGGACUGUGGUGUGUGUCGUCUGGUCUGGGACUGUCAUAGUCCUGUAGUGUUUGCUGCUGGACUGGAGGGGGUUAUACGUAUCUACGACGCCCGCAACGGAGCCAAGCAUGGUCAACUAAUGGGCCACCGUGAGAGUAUUCUCGACAUUGACCUGUCAACGGAUGGCAACACUUUGGUGAGUGCCAGUGAUGACUCGACGUGCAGAGUGUAUGCUGUUAGUCCUCCAGAACGGUAGAACUUACAGCCACUAGACCAUCAGCGGGCCUUGAAAAUGUCUAUUCAAACUACACUAUUCAUUAUAUCCAUUGAUUGGACCACAAAAAGAAAACAUUAUAUCAAAUCAUUCAUGAGCUGGAAAUGCUAACCAGUAUGUCAAACAUUUUAUUUCUCCCAUGUACAUUUUGUUAAGUUUUACAUUCAGCGAUAUGUGUUUAAUAAUAAAAUAACCCAUACAAAAAGUGUACAAUGUACCAGUACCUACAAAUCUAGAUUUGUGCAUGAAAUGGCUAAAAAAAAAAAACUGUAAUUAUUCUAAGUUGAAAAAGUUUUAUUUUAAAAUUAACUCAAACUAUUCAAACUAUUACAUUUGAAAUAAAUGUUUGUUUUCAACCAUCAUAAUACACUCUACUUGCAAGCAAUAAGGUGCUUUACUACCUUAGUAGUAUAUCUAAUCUUUUACACCUUUUGUAAACCUGAAACUGGGCAUUUUCUUUAAAAUAAACUUAUGUACAGUGUAUA